GGGAGAAGCGGUGGCGGUGGCGGCCCGGGGAAGGCGGCGAGGGCUGCGGACAGAAGUUUGCUGCUGAAAGAGAGGGGAGAUUUAAUUAUUUAAUACGAAUAAUAUAAUUGAACCUUCGGGGAAGCGCCCACCCCCUCCCCAUCCUUCUUCAUCCCUGCGGGGAUGCGGCGGCGCUCGGCCGGCGGCAGCCCGCGGUACCCAGCCCGGCUGCGGGCAUGACCCGGGUCCGGAGCGGGGCUGGGCCGGCCGAGGUGUGAGCGAUCGCCCCGGGGGCCGGGCUGGGGCGGCGGGGACGCCUCUCGCCCUGCCCAGCCUCCGCGCAUCCUCCGCGGUGCCGAGCCGAGCCGGGCCGGUCGGUCCGAGCCGUGCCGAGUCGGUGCUGAUCCGAGCCGUGCCGAGCGGUAGGAUGAGGGGCAUCUUCUACUUCUGCACGCUGAUCCUCCUGGAAGGCAUGGCGGAAGCUGUCAGCUCGAGCAGGGACUGCCUUCAAGCAGGCGAGUCCUGUACCAACGACCCCAUCUGCAGUGCCAAAUUCAGGACCCUCCGGCAAUGCAUUGCAGGCAAUGGAGCCAACAAGCUGGGCCCUGAUGCCAAGAACCAGUGCAGGAGCACUGUGACGGCCCUGCUCUCCAGCCAACUGUAUGGCUGUAAGUGCAAGCGUGGCAUGAAAAAGGAGAAGCACUGCUUGAGUGUCUACUGGAGCAUCCACCACACGUUGAUGGAAGGCAUGAACGUACUGGAGAGUUCCCCUUACGAGCCAUUCAUCAGGGGCUUUGAUUAUGUCCGGCUGGCAUCCAUCACUGCAGGCUCUGAGAACGAAGUGACCCAGGUGAACCGGUGCCUGGAUGCUGCCAAAGCCUGCAACGUGGACGAGAUGUGCCAGCGGCUGCGGACAGAGUACGUGUCCUUAUGCAUCCGGCGCCUGGCACGGGCUGAUACCUGCAACCGCUCCAAGUGCCACAAGGCUCUGCGCAAGUUCUUUGACCGCGUGCCGCCGGAGUACACCCAUGAGCUGCUCUUCUGCCCCUGUGAAGACACAGCCUGCGCCGAGCGCCGGCGGCAGACCAUCGUUCCUGCCUGCUCCUACGAGUCCAAGGAGAAGCCCAACUGCCUGGCGCCUCUGGACUCCUGCCGGGAAAACUAUGUCUGCAGGUCGCGCUACGCAGAGUUCCAGUUUAAUUGCCAGCCAUCACCGCAGACUGCGAGCGGCUGCCGGAGGGAGAGCUACGCUGCCUGUCUGCUGGCCUAUACAGGGAUCAUAGGCAGCCCCAUCACACCCAACUACAUUGACAACUCCACUUCCAGCAUAGCUCCCUGGUGCACGUGCAAUGCCAGCGGCAACCGGCAGGAAGAGUGUGAGAGCUUCCUGCAUCUCUUCACCGACAACAUCUGUCUCCAAAAUGCCAUUCUGGCCUUUGGCAAUGGGACCUACCUGAACGCAGCCAUGGCCCCAUCCAUCCCCCCCACCACACAGAUGUACAAACAGGAGCAAAAUGCCAACAGAGCCGUGGCCACCCUCAGAGAGAACAUCUUCGACCACCUCCAGCCCACCAAGGUGGCCGGAGAGGAGAGGCUCCUGCGGGGCUCCACUCGUCUAUCAUCAGGGACCUCCAGCGCAGCAGCUCCCUCCCUCUGGGCAGCCUCUCCACUGCCGAUGUGGCUUCUCCUGGCUCUUGCCGAGCUGAGCCUCUUUGCGAUGUGAAGCAGGGUGGGCACAACCCAGGCACAGACUCACUUUGUGUUGGUUUCUUUACAAAACAACCAGAAACUCGUUUGGGGAGAGGGGGUGGGAGGAGGGAGGGGAUGGGAAGGAGACGUGAGCGUGUGGGCAUCCCUUCCUCCUCCUCAUCUGUCUGCCGCUUGAUUUGGUUUUAUACAAUCAGCAUCGUCGACAACCAGCUCAUGCUUGGUCCUGGCCACCUUUCCACCCCAUGGCUUGGUGGUCUCUCCAGCUCUCUGUGGGUGGGGUUGGAGCCAUGGACAAUUAAUUCCCUUGGAAAAGGAGAAGGAGAGAGUGGAGCCAAGAAACGAGAUCUGCAAAGGAAAUGCUUUUGCCUGCCCCAGCCAAGGGGGGAAGACUUUUGAUGGAUGAGCUGUCAGGAGGUUUCCUGAAGCCCUGACUCACACUGGGGGGCUCUUGACAGCACACGUCAAGCAAUGUGGAGUUCAGACUGUCUCCAGGGUUGCUCAGGACACAAAGGGCAUCCCAACUGGUUCAGACUGAAACCAGAGCACCAGUGAGAAGGUGGGUGGUUCUGUUGACCAGAGAGGAUCCUGAAGCACCUUUGGGUUGGACCAAGAAACCACACCAAGAACUGGCUUGAAACCAUGGCCAGAGUGCAACCAGCAUGCACCUCCAAGCUGUCACCUACCCCUUGGGCCCUCCUUUUUAGAGAAACAUGUGUCAUGUAUUGGUGGUGUUCAGGAAGAAACACGUGUGUUGCGUUGCGUUCGCGGCUGGCUUCCCUCAUGCCCCAACCCUUGCAUCGCUGCUCACUGGUCCUGUAAAGUGUCUGGGGGAGGUAUUUUUCUGUCACAUCCAAACAACCAGAGGCCAAUGUUGUCCUACUCCAAGCUAAUCUUUCUCCAUGAGGGAUGAAUAUGUGAGCCCAUCGGCAGGACUCGAUAUGAGCCCAAUGCAACCCAUUCUCACGUGCUACCUGUGCAUCCGCCAGUCCUGAAGAGACAGAGGUUCCUAAGUCAGGAUUUCAUUAUUUCUUCCAGGAAGAGAUAGGAUGGAAAAGGUUUGCCAGAUAGCACCCUGGGGAUGUAAAUACCCAGCCAGUUUGUGAAAAGGCCAAGUCAUGAAUCGUUACAUGGGUAGAGAGUGGAUUUCUAUGGUUCCCCUCCUUUCAUUGCUGGUAGAGGCAAUCACUUGUAUCCAGGUUAUCAGGUGAAGGACAUUGCCUCUAGACAAGUCCUAUUUACUAAGCUGAGAGGUCAUUUAAGCCAAGGUUGAUGAAGUGGCCCAUUCCACUGAGCUGCAACCAGAGCCCAGCUGGAGGGUGAGGACAAGCAUCCCCCUGGUCUCUCAGGGCACAGGGAGGCAGAUACAUGAUUUUGGGCUACCUGAGCACUGGGGUAUUCUGUCCAGGAGGUGAGCUGAGGACCCCCAGUGCCUUCUUGCAGGGGUUAACCCCUCACUAGAUCAAGCCAAGAAAGAAGAUGGUAACUAAGGGUGAGGUUUCCCAGGAUAAAAGCUUACCCAGGCUGACCAUCAUGGAAGGCACAGGAAUAGCUUCAGAUUUAUCCAGAGUAUUUGGGCCUGGGCUUUGAAGGAGCCUGUUUAUUCCUUGGUUUGUGCUCCUCAAGGAACGUCAUUGGUUCCUUAGCAUUUGGAUCCAUAGAAAGGCUUAAGAGCAGCUGAUGCAGCAAAGUCCAGCAUUUCUUAUUCCUAUUUGCUGCAGAGCAUCUUCCAUCAUUUAUUGCUUCUGAUUCUGCUGAGAAACUGCAGCAGCUUUCUUGGGUUUUGGUCACUUGGUUUUGAACACUUGUGGAUGUGUGAAACAUGUCCAGAAAUCCUUCUGGCUGCAUCCUAUCCAAAGUUCUGCUCCUCAACGUCCUAUGGGCUGUAGGACCCGGCUGUCUUAAUCCAGGGCUGUGCAAAGGAACAUCAGUUCCUAGAUUCAUGGAAUUGUUUACGCAGGAAAAGACCUGAGCCCAACAGUUAACCUGCCAAGAUCCAAGUCUUGUGUGCAGGGUGCCAAGUCUCACUCUGAACUGAAACUUGGAUGUGAGAUCUCUGCUGCCAAGAGGCUCACCCAGAGCAGAAAGGCAGGCAGGAGGUAGUGCUACAGGCAGGAGAGCCCCUCACCUCCCUUUCCGGUGCCAUAUCUGUGCUCUGAGUGUGAACAUCUCCCUUUUAUCCAGGAUGUCAGUGUCCCCUGUCAGACCAUGGAGCCAUUUCUGCUCCAAGUGACACAACAACAAGCUGCAGCCCUGCAAAGUUGGUGUCCUCUGAGCCACAGGUGAGAAAGGGGUUAAACCCUGAUGCUCAGCCCUUCAAAGGCAAGGAACUACCUCAACAUCACGAGGUCAUGCUGUGAAUUGCCUUCUCCUGCCUCUUUCCUUCCAAGUCCUGUGCUCAUGCCCUGCUCUUCUACACACCCAUCUCCAUCAGACUUGAAUCUCUGUGUAGGAUGGGCAUGAAGUGUCAGCUGCUUUCCACUCACGGCUCCACUCCUGUGCCUCUCAUAACUCACUGCUGGUGAUGCUGAAAUGACACUUGGCCAUUUCCUUCUCUGACUGAUUGACACCCAGCAGAGACAGUCUUCUUGUGGGUGGUCAGGAUGACAACCCCACUUCACGGCUCCCUUAGGACUGUGAAAAAUACAUGUGGGGAAUCAUACUCCGAGACUAGAGAGGAUGGAGGAGACCUCAGAGGUUACCUGGUCCGUUACCAUGCCCCACAUCAGGACCAAUGGUCUGUUUACAUUUUAAAGCAGAUUUAUCUUAAAUGAUUUUUAACAAUUUCAAUGAAACACAUUACCAUCAUCAUCAUCUUCCCUGGGUUUAUAACUUGCUUUAAAGACUCCUUAGGAUAUUAGUUCUCUCCAAGCAUCACAGGCUAACGAGACCCUCAAUUCCCACAGUGGUGUCUUCUCAAGCCCUCAGUUAUGGAAGGAUGGCAAACCAACAGCUAAAAGUGACAGCCAGCUGCCAUGGAUCAUAUCAGAGCCAUUGCAUGAGAAACUCAAACCCCACAGCAGUGAUCUGCUGGGAUCCCUGCACAAACUGCAGUGAGAUAAUGUUAAUAGGUGCCUGUGAGAGGGGUUUCCUCCUUAUGCCCUUGGUUGAGGGACCUCGAAUCAUCCGUAAAGAUGAGGGUGCAGGUCUCAAAGUGUCCUCAGCCUUUGCCCUGUGAUUUGGACACAGCAUCCUUCAAGCACUGUCUUAGGCCAAGGCCUGCACACUGGGGUCUGGGGAUGCUCUGAGGUGAAGUAGGGCUCAGUAGAGCCUCUCAUCCAGCAAGAAGGAGCCAGGGGGUUGGGAUGAGCACUCAUAUCACACACAGUUAAAGCCAGUAAUAAUCCCCAAACCUGCAUGACUUUUUACCAAUCAUUUCACCCCUUUUGCCACCAUUUAAUGUCAAUUCCCCCUCCAGGCCCAUUCAUGAAUCACACUCUGUGAAAGAAGGAUGGCUUUCGAGCAGUCCCGUUGGAGGAAGGAAACCCGAGUACAUUCCUCCCCACCUACAGACACGUGUGUGCACGGGCCACUUCUUUUCCCUGGGGAAAAGUCAGUCAUUUUCUGGGAUGAAAUUCCAUCGCUGUUGAACUCUGUGAAGUGAACCACGGAUCUUCAUUUUGAAGUCUCCUGAGUCACCACCAAAGGCAGAGCAGCUGCUCGUAAAGGCAAAGGAUUGGGAAAGCCAAAAGAGAGGAAAGGACACAAUACUCUUAGGGAUUACUCCUUAUCUGGGGACUUCCAUAAGCACAAAGAAGAGUCACGUGGGGCAAGUAAUAAGAAAAAGAACCAAACCAAACCAGCCACCAAACUCUGUCUUUUUUGGCUGCUCAGCACCGUUCCCAAUGGUUUGGCAUCCUGAAAGCCCAUGGAAUGCUGUGUGUGUGUACAAAUACCACAUCAUCAUCAAAGCCAGAGCAUGAGCAGGGAGGGAGACACCGUGGUGGGGAGCUGGUUUCGGAGCAAUAACCCCAUGGGUACCAGGGUGAUGCUGAAGGCUCUGUGUGCGUGUGUGUAUACACAUGCACAUAGGGAGGGUGGUUGAUGUCUGCCUGUACUACUGGGGUAAAACUUGUACUUAUCUCUUCUGUACAUGUCAAUAUUCAAAUAUAUCCAUGAAUAAAGCACACAUGCAUUUUCCUGA